GCUGCUGUUGUUCUGGGUAGCCUCGGCAGUGAAAAAGGUGGCAGCGGUCGCGGCAGCGCUUUUAGAGCACGACGUGACCUUGCUCGUCCCCACACGUUCCAGCCUGUCGCCCGAAAGCUCUCCAGGCUAGCCUACUGGGAAGUCUCGUGAGAGUCACAGUAGUAUCGACCGACACAGUCACAGCACACGCGACAUCUCCGGUCGUCUUUGACCACACGACCACCACGUUGUCGCCCUCUACCAAUUCGCCGGCCUCAGGGCCUCACAAUCGCCCAGCAUGUCGUGGAAGAUGUCGACCCAGCUGCUGGAGACGAUCAAGCAUUACUCGAACUUUCCGGCGACAGGCGUGAGCUUGAGGCAGAUGGUGCAGUUUGGGAGCAAUCCCUCGACCGGCACCCUAUUUCGAGCGUCGCAAUUCCUUUCCGAAGAGCUGCCUAUCCGAUUAGCACAUAGAGUCCAAGAGCUUGGAGAUCUUCCAGAUGGCCUCAAUGAGAUGGAGAGCAUCAAGAAGGUGCAGAACUGGUAUGCGCAGUCAUUUGAGGAAAUCAUCACACUACCCAAGCCGAGUCUGACAUCCGAGGUCAGAGAGCGUCUCAUUAAGCCAGCAAAAAGCAAUGGGAAGGCAUCCCGAAUCUUGAGCGAGACGACGACGAAUCCAAGCGUCAAGCCAGGCCAAUACAAAUCUGACGCUAAGAUGAAGCUCAACGAAGACAAGGAGAAUGGAGUUCAGAACGGCAACGGAAAUGGACGGAAGCUUGCAGCAACACGGCGGUACUUUGCAGCUGCAGAUGAUGGCGACUGGCCUCCGGAAUUAAACGACUACAAUACGCAAUUUGCUAAAACACUCGAAAAGAUCAAACGGCGACACGACAGUGUGGUGACGACGAUCGCGCAGGGCAUCCUCGAAUAUAAGCGGAAACGACAACGAAUGCAGAUCGACCACAACAUUCAGGCAUUUCUGGACCGAUUCUACAUGUCGCGAAUAGGAAUCCGCAUGUUAAUCGGACAGCAUAUUGCCUUGACCGACCAACGCUCUCAUGGAGAUCCGAACUAUGUGGGUAUCAUCUGCACGAAGACCAACGUGAAAGAGCUAGCGCAAGAGGCAAUCGAGAAUGCGAGAUUUGUAUGUGAAGAUCACUACGGACUUUUCGAUGCGCCUAAAGUUCGAUUGGUAUGUCCGAAUGACCUGAACUUUAUGUACGUUCCUGGCCAUUUGUCGCAUAUGUUAUUCGAGACGCUCAAGAACAGUCUGCGAGCUGUUGUGGAAACUCACGGCCAGGAUAAAGAGGAGUUUCCGGAAACACAAGUGAUUGUCUCCGAAGGCAGAGAGGAUAUCACGAUAAAGAUCAGCGAUGCAGGAGGAGGAAUUCCAAGAAGUUCUAUCCCGCUCGUGUGGACAUAUAUGUACACAACUGUCGACCAAACGCCGAACUUGGAUCCGGAUUUCAACCAAAGUGACUUCAAAGCGCCUAUGGCUGGAUUUGGAUACGGACUUCCAAUCUCAAGAUUGUAUGCGAGAUAUUUCGGAGGUGACUUGAAGCUCAUCUCCAUGGAGGGCUAUGGCACGGAUGUAUACCUGCACCUGAACAGAUUGAGUUCAAGUUCGGAACCCUUGCAGUGACAACGACCAGUCAUGAGGGAUGAGUGGAAGGGAAACAUGGCGCAGGAUUCGCGCUCAUCUCAGGGAUUGGCGCGCGGCGGAAGCCAGGUCGGAUCAUAUGUAGGAGGCGACCGCAUCGCAGGGUUGACGCUCGGUGCAAGAGCAAGCAAAAAGUUGAAGAGCAACAGUUCAAUGCUGGAUCUCAGCAAUCGAGCGAUAUCUGCUAGAAGGCAGGUGGGUGAUGCAGAGAGUGUAAUCAAUCGUCCGGAUUCUGGCGAGAAGCCGUGGUGGAAAAACGUGGGUAUGGAGGAAGGGAUGUAGGACAUGCACUCUUUGACCAGAGGAAGCACAAAGACUAACAGCAUGAAAGUGCACUGGGUGGCGUUGUGGUGUACAAGAGGGGAAGGAAUUCUUGGGAUAUUUCUUGAAGCGUUCAUUGAUGUGCCGGGCAUGGCGCGAUACUGUUUGACGGACACAGCUAGCUGUACAGAUGGAUGUCUGUGGCAUGGAAUGGUCAGAAAGACUUGGAAGAAGUGCUUCAAUUAACCGCCUCGCUUCACAUU